UUUCAUCAAAUCAAGUCUUGUAUCAAGCAAAAUCAUGUGGUCUUUAGUAACAGAUCCCAUUAGAAAUCUUGUUACAAUAGUUAUACAACAUUCCUUCCAUAAAGAUUUCCAUGAAGUAGUGAAGAAAAUGACCAUCAUAGAUGCUUUUCUUUUCUUUAUUAUUCACUCCAUUGACAAGUUAGGAUUAUGGCACCGUUUGCCUGUUAUCUUGGGUCUAUUGUAUUUGGCCACUAGACGCCAUCUUCACCAACAGUACAACCUCUUCAACGUUGGACAAACAGCUGUGGGAGUUAGGGCUAACCCUAAUGAUUAUCCAUAUAGAACAGCUGAUGGAAAAUAUAAUGACCCUUUCAAUGAAAGUGCUGGAAGUCAAGGGUCUUUCAUUGGCAGAAAUAUUCUUCCUGUUGAUCAGAAGGACAAGUUGUUGAAACCAGACCCAAUGGUGGUGGCCACAAAACUUUUGGAGAGAAAAACGUUCAAGGACAAUGGGAAACAAUUCAAUGUGUUAGCAGCAGCUUGGAUUCAAUUUAUGAUACAUGAUUGGAUAGAUCAUUUGGAGGACACUAAUCAGAUUGAACUCACUGCACCACGUGAAGUUGCAAGCCAAUGUCCACUAAAAUCAUUCAAGUUCUUGAAGACAAAGGAAAUUCCAACGGGUUUUUAUGAGAUCAAGACUGGACAUGCAAACAUUCGUACACCUUGGUGGGAUGGAAGUGUGAUAUAUGGAAGCAAUCAAGAAGUUUUGAACAAAGUGAGAACUUUCAAAGAUGGGAAGUUAAAAAUAUUAGACGAUGGUACCCUUAAGCAAAAUGAAAAUGGAGUAGCAAUUUCAGGUGACGUUCGCAAUAGUUGGGCUGGUGUCUCAACUUUGCAGGCUCUCUUUAUUCAAGAACACAAUGCUUUUUGUGAUGCUCUCAAGAAUGAAUACCCGGACUUGGAAGAUGAAGAUCUUUACCGUCAUGCUAGAUUGGUGACUUCAGCAGUUAUUGCAAAGAUUCACACCAUAGAUUGGACUGUGGAGCUCCUUAAAACCGACACUUUGCUUGCUGGCAUGCGUGCUAAUUGGUAUGGAUUAUUGGGAAAGAAAUUCAAGGACACGUUUGGGCAUGUUGGUGACUCUAUCUUAGGUGGAUUGGUGGGCAUGAAAAAACCAGAUAAUCAUGGUGUUCCAUACUCUCUAACUGAAGAAUUUGUGACUGUCUAUAGGAUGCAUGCACUCCUACCUGAUUCUUUGCAUUUGAGAGACAUAUCUGCCACCCCAGGACAAAACAAAUCUCCACCACUGAUCAAAGAGAUUCCUAUGAAUGAUCUGAUUGGCCUGCCAGGAGAAAAAACCUUGUCAUCGAUAGGAUUUUCAAGCACAUUAGUAUCAAUGGGUCACCAAACUUCUGGUGCCCUAACACUUGGAAACUAUCCAUCAUGGCUCAGAGACCUAGUACCACAGAACAUAGAUGGCACAGAAAGAUCUGAUCAUGUGGACAUGGCUGCUCUUGAAAUUUAUAGGGAUAGAGAGAGGAAAGUAGCCAAAUAUAACCAAUUCAGAAGAUCAUUAUUAAUGAUACCUAUUUCAAAAUGGGAAGAUUUGACAGAUGAUAAGGAAGUAAUCAAAGUAUUGGAAGAGGUAUAUGGAAAUGAUGUUGAGGAGCUUGAUACACUAGUUGGUCUCAUGGCAGAGAAGAAGAUAAAGGGUUUUGCAAUUAGUGAGACAUCUUUUGUGAUAUUCCUUAUCAUGGCAUCUAGGAGGCUAGAGGCUGAUAGGUUUUUCACAAGCAACUUCAAUGAGGAGACAUACACCAAAAAGGGUUUGGAAUGGGUGAACACAACUGAGAGCUUAAAGGAAGUGAUUGAUCGUCACCAUCCAGGAAUGACACAAAAGUGGUUGAAUGCUUCAAGUGCUUUCUCUGUUUGGGAUGCACCCCCAAACAAAUUCAAUCCAAUUCCACUUUAUCUUCGUAUUCCUAGUUAAUCAAUUUGACUAAGCAAUAUGAAAUAUGCUAGCAACACAUUUUUUUUAAUGCAGACUCUUUAAUUUGUGAAAAUUAAAACGAGUUUCGUUAAAUCAAUGUGGAACCUACAUGAUUUAAUAUGAACUAUUAAAAAAAAUUCAAUCAUUUAAAGAUUGUAUGUUAAAAAUGGUGUGUUUGCUAGCACUCUCUUGCAUUUGUGUUAAGUUGUUGUAUUUGUGUAUUUCAAAAUAAUCCUAUAGUAAUGAAUAAAACUAAGGAUAGGAAUAAUGAAAUGAGUGUGGCAACUCAUCUAGAAGAACCAAUGAUUAGAGGCUUGAUGAGUGCUUUUGCAUCCUCUCCUUGUUCAAGGUUCCACCUUAUCUUCUUCCUUUGUGUUUUAGUACUUUUCCCUUUUAUUUCAGUACUUUAUAUUUCCAUGAAAUGGAUAUGAUUCCAUACCAGUAAAUCUAGUUUCUGAUUUCCAUAAGCUCGACCUCAUUUGUAAUGUUACAUUGUAUUAAUGAAGUUUUGAGCA